CAAGGUCUUAACAGGUUAAAUGAAGUUGAAGCUGCAGUCGUAAACGCGUUGCUGCAGUGCAUCAGCAUCCUCGUCCUCAGCAUGCGAGAGGCUGCAGCACAACUCAGCCGCGCGAAGAAAGGAAAGGAACACACUCCAAAGUUUCUAGGAUGAAUUUCAAGAACCUUAGGGAGUACCUGGCUUGGCUCUACUACCAGUACCUUCUGGUCACCGGCAUCUACGUGUUGGAGCCUUGGGAGAAGUCCCUCUUCAACUGGGUCCUGUUGUCAGCCAUCGCCAUGGUGAUAUACACUUCCUACGUCUUCGUGCCUAUCCACGUGCGCCUCGCCCUUGAGUUCUUCUUUGGCAUCUGCGGCAGUCGGCUGGACAGCGCAGUAACGGGUCCAAAUUCUCUCUGGGCACUACGUUCCCUUUACAAGGACGAGCAUUCUUUGAUUAAAAAUGAUCUGGAUUGCAUAGAACUGAUUGAUUAAUCAUUUUCUCGUAGCAGUACCGACAAAUGGAGUGCACUGCUUGAUUGCUGUGUAUAUACAAGUGACACGACAGAGACAGAAAGUUGUGCCCCAUUCAGACUAUUGCGACUCUCAGAAUGAUUACUCGAUUUUAUCGUUCAAUGGAAUGCCAUCAAACAUCCAUCGCUACCUGCAACCGAAGCUGUCUAACCACCGAAACGAUCAAGAUGAAGAUUUUGGGCCUAAAUAACUUCACACUCACAACGUGAACUGAUGUUAAUCCUGUUUUAGUUUCUUUUUUUUGUUUCACCAAAACUUGCCUUGUGUAAGCAAACAUAUGUUUUGCAUGAUGGGAUCCAUUUGCAUGCUCCUCACACUACAAAUCUUUAUUCCCUCCACCCUCAAGUACAGGCUUUUUUAAAAGAAAAAUGGAAAAUGGAAAUUAGCUCUAUUGCCACACACUGAACUGUGGAUGAUGGAUCCCUUUUUGAACUUUGUUGUUAACCAAAACAGCAUCACCUACCAAUUUACGUCAACAGUGUCUCAGGUGAAUUGAAGAGUGGUGACUUAUUUAUGUAUAUCCUGACACUGACACAUGCACGUAAUUGCUUAUGUAUCAGAGCUAAUUUCACUUUUCGCUUAAAUCAUUGGUGUCAAUGGUAGUAAUGAGUUUUAAACUUACUUGUCCACCAUUAAUUUACCAUCAU